AUGGAAAAGGCAAAGGAAAUUGUGGAGAGAAACGAUGCCCUAUGUGGGAGGAUAAGGGAACUAACGGUGUGGUUGGCAGAGGCAAACAGCCAGGUUGAGAGGCAAGAGGAACUCGUACGACAGAAGGAGAAAGACCCGCAGUUAAAAAGCAAAGAAGCGGCGCGGAUGGCAAGGCUCAUCCAGGAACUAAAGGACGCGACCAAAAAGCGCGAAUCGAGCAAGAAAGACGUCGAGGUCAGGUCCGAGCACCUCCAGAAUGAAGUAGAAGACCUCAGGAAGGAAAAGUGUGGACAUCAGUGUGAAGUUGAGGCUGCAAAACUCAAGAGAAAAGAAAUCGUGGCUGGAUAG